GUUUUAGUAAAACUGCUUUAGUUUCUGUAUUUGUAGUUAUUCACAAGUAAAGUAAUUAUAAACGAGCAUGCCUCGCGCUUAUUCCCGUUCUCCAAUGCGUUCGCAAAAGCAUUCACGCCGAAGGUCCCGUUCCAAAUCCCGCGAUCGGGAUAAGUAUUCUGGCCGAAACGAUUACAAUUCCCGUUACCGCCGCUCUGAGGAACGGUCUUCAAAAUCACGCUCUGUGGGUACUUCAUCAGCAUCCUCAGCUAGAAGCAGUGCUCAGCCAUCUUCUCGCCAUCACCAUCAUAGAGAUCAAAAGAAAAAGUAUACCAGCUCUGGAUCUGACUAUCGACGUAGAAGUCGUUCCAAGGACCGCAACCGCGAAAGGCGUGACGAGGAUAGGAAGCAUACAGACACACGAGAGAAGUACUCUCGUAAACGGACCAGUUCGAGUAGUUCCAGCAGCAGCAGUAGCAGUAGCAAUAGUAGCAGCUCUAAUUCAUCCAGCAACACAAGCACUUCGGGAUCGAAAAAGUCUACGGACAAGCCCGAUGAAGAGUUCGUAUUUAAAUCGUUGGCGGAAGUUCGUGACAUCGAACCGGAUAAGGCAUCAAUCCUGGAGAAACUGGACGCAGACGAGUUCGUUCCGCAAGCCUUCGUGUCAUCCAAGAAGCCAAACGCCGGUCAGGUGGGAGGAAACAUUGUAAUUGAUUUGGCUGCCCAAACCAUCAAGGUACCCAAAACUGAGGAAGAGCAAGCAGCAGAUCCAUUGUUUCAUCCGAAUUUCUUUGGAAACGACGAUGAACGGAUGUCUCAAUGGGUGCGUAAGUUACUAGCUAUGCGACAAAAUGCAUAAAAGGUGCCGUUUCAACAAUACGUCAUUUUUCAAUAUUUUAAUAAAGUUUUAUUCGA